AUGGUUAUGAUGGCAAUACGACAGGGGGAGUUCCGAAUGGAGAUGCGGAUAAAUUCCCAAACCACACUCUAUCCCUACAUAAAUGAUAAACCCUCCAUCCAACUCAACUCGUCUAGUGGGAGUUUGGAAGAAUCACGGCCACAGCUCAUAUUCAUGUGCAUCACUGAGGAACCUGAACCCACAUCCUCCAAACGGGGCUCAAGGAAGCGAGCGCGGGACUCCAACUCGGCAUUCCGCGGUGUGCGCAGACGCAGUUGGGGACGCUACGUUUCGGAGAUAAGGUUGCCGGGUCAGAAAACCCGGAUAUGGCUCGGCUCAUUCGGCUCGGCUGAGAUGGCGGCUCGAGCAUACGACUCUGCGGCUUUCUUCUUGAAAGGAACCUCUGCCACCCUCAAUUUCCCCGACCUCGUUGACUCGCUGCCUCGCCCUCUCUCCUCGUCCAGGAGAGACAUACAAUCGGCAGCGGCUAAAGCGGCUCUCGAGCCUCCGCCACGCUCUUCUGCCAAAAGUGACUCGUUGGAGAUGGAGUGGUGGGAGCAUUUGGAAGAACACUCUACUUCGACGACGUCGUUUCAGGAUGUGAAGGAAGCUCCUCUCAUGAGCCCUCUCAGGGUGGACUACACUUUUGGAGAAUUCUCAUGGAAUGAAGUAUUCAAUCUCAAUGACGACAUGUUCAUGAUGGCAUCAACAUCAACUCUUGUUUAG